AACAAAGUGUACCAGUUUUGCAGUAGAAUUUGUUCUGAUGACUACAAGAAGCUACACUGUAUAGUAACAUACUGUGAAUACUGUCAAGAGGAGAAGACUUUGCAUGAAACGGUAAAAUUUUCUGGUAUCAAGAGACCAUUCUGUAGUGAAGGUUGCAAGCUGCUAUAUAAACAAGAUUUUGCAAGAAGGUUAGGAUUACGCUGUGUUACUUGCAAUUAUUGUUCUCAACUCUGUAAAAAGGGCGCAUCAAAGGAACUUGAUGGAGUAGUAAGAGAUUUCUGUAGUGAAGAGUGUUGCAGAAAAUUUCAAGACUGGUACUAUAAGGCUGCAAGGUGUGAUUGCUGUAAAAUUCAAGGAACUCUUAAAGAGAAAGUACAGUGGAGAGGGGAAAUGAAGCACUUUUGUGAUCAGCAUUGCCUUCUGCGUUUCUACUGUCAACAAAAUGAACCAAAUAUGGCAACACAAAAAGGGCCAGAAAACUUACAUUAUGAUCAAAGUUGCCAAACUCCCCGAACAAAAAACACAGGAUCAGCCCCACCUCCUUCCCCUACACCAAAUAAAGAAAUGAAGAACAAAGCAGUUCUCUGCAAACCGCUAACGAUGACAAAGGCUACCUUCUGUAAACCCCACAUGCAAACAAAAUCUUGUCAGACAGAUGAUGACUGGAAAAAAGAAUACAUCCCUGUGCCUGUUCCUGUACCAGUAUAUGUACCUGCUCCUAUGCAUAUGUAUAGUCAAAAUGUUCCAGUUCCUACAACGGUUCCUGUUCCAAUUCCAGUUCCAAUUUUUCUACCUACUACGCUGGAUAGCAGUGAGAAGAUACUUGAAGCAAUAGUAGAACUAAAAAAUAAAAAUCUCCCCAGUCCUGAAGAGACUUCAAAUUUAUUGAAUGUAACAGAAGAUAUUUCUGAAAAAAAAGAGCAUGUAGAACCCGCAGAGCUCAAAAUUAUAGAUGUAAUAACUGAGACAGAAUUGCUUAAUUCUGUGACAGAAACACAGACAAGCUUGCCUGUUGUCCCAUAUGAGCCAGAUCUUGAUAUUGAGGUCGAUUUUCCUAGAGCAACAGAAGAACUUGACACAGAGAAUGAAUUUUUGCUACCAUCUGUAUUUGGAGAAGAAUACGAGGAACAGCCAAGACCUCGAAGUAAAAAGAAGGGACUAAAGAGAAAAGCAGUGUCAGAAUACCAUUCUCAAGAUGAUGGCUCUGAGAACUCAGAGUGCAGUUUUCCUUUCAAGUAUGCAUAUGGUGUGAAUGCAUGGAAACACUGGGUAAAAGCUAGGAACCUAGAGGAAGAUCUGUCAGUACUAGAUGAGCUAAAAUCAACAAAGUCAGUAAAAUUGAAAGAAGAUAUUAUAUCACAUACUUCUACUGAGCUAAAUUUUGGGCUGGCACACUUUGUAAAUGAAGUCCGAAGACCAAACGGAGAAAACUAUGCACCUGACAGUAUCUAUUAUUUGUGUCUUGGGAUUCAGGAAUACCUGAAUGGAAGCAAUCGAGAAGAUAAUAUCUUUUUGGAUACUAAUUAUCAUACAUUUAUGCAGGAAAUAAAUAAAAUACUCAGAAGCUGGCAGCCCAGCAUACUUCCAGAUGGUUCAAUAUUUUCUCGAGUUGAGGAGGACUAUCUCUGGAAGAUUAAACAGCUGGGAUCCCAUUCUCCAGCUGCUCUUUUAAAUACACUAUUCUACUUCAACACCAAGUAUUUUGGUCUGAAAACAGUGGAGCAGCACUUAAGACUUUCCUUUGGCACUGUUUAUAGACAUUGGAAGAAGAAUCCUCUAACGAUGGAAAGCAAAGCUUGUCUUAGAUAUCAGGUUUCCUCUCUGUGUGGAACAGAUAAUGAAGAAGAUAAAAUUACUGCUGGAAAAAGGAAGCAUGAAGACGAUGAGCCAGUAUUUGAACAGAUGGAAAACAUCGCAGAUCCUUCUAGAUGUCCUGUGAAAAUGUUUGAAUGCUAUUUAUCUAGGAGCCCGCCUAAUCUCACUCAGAGAAUGGACGUGUUCUAUUUGCAGCCAGCUUGCCCAGUAUCUUCCGAGAGUUCCAUUUGGUAUACUUCCACUUCAGUGGACCGCAAUACUUUGGAAAAUAUGCUUGUACGGGUUCUUUUAGUAAAAGAUAUUUAUGAUAAAGACAAUUACGAACUGGAUGAAGACAUAGAUUAAACACUUCCCAAAUUCAAGAAAACACAACAGCAUUAGCUAGUCAAGCUGCUAGAUUUUUAUUAUGGAAAGAAAAUAAUCAAACAUUUCAAGUUUACUCUUUGUUUAACAUGUUUUGUAGCAGUGUACCCUUUGCUGGGUAUUACCAUGUAUAUAAUAUGUGAGAGAAAACGGCCAUUAUUCUGCAUAGUGGUUUUAGGAUACUUAACAAACACAUUCAUUUUUAAUUAUUAUUUAUUUGGUUAGGUAUGUUUGUAACUUUUUACAUUGCAAAAUUUGAAUGAGAAUGUGCCAUGUGUAAUAUUUGGGGGGGGAGGGUGUCAUAGUAAGCAACAUCCAUAUUGCACAACAUCACUGUUGCAGAGCUUCCUUGAAAGAGUUGGGGCUUUUAAAUGGGUUCUGAAACCAGGUAGUUGUGUAUGGAUAGCACUACUAAAGUUUAGGACUUGCUGUGUAUUUCUGAAUUUUUUAAAUAAAUUGUAAACUAAUAGGUUUUUUACUCUUAGUUACUGAUGCCUUAUGAGGUUAUGUAGAAAGGUUCCAUCUUAUGUACCAAAAAUAGAAAAAAAAGAGAAUGCUGUUAAUAUUGAUGUACUGUAAUGUGAAUCAAUGCUGGUGAAAAUUACUUUUCUGGGUUGCUCUUAUUAAAAAAAAAUC